CGCUUAGUAUCGUUUUGGAGGCGCGCGUGUUCGGUUCGGUCAACCGACGACCACCACUUCCCGCGGGGGCUCAACUCCGGCGGCGUUUCGUUUGUCCCACGUUGGAUAGUCGAAGCUCUUCGCUUUUCCCGAGAGGAUUUGUUCGAGAGGAUUAACUGCAGGAUUAACCAGGAUCAGUGAAGAACGCAAAAAACACACACAAAAUGAGUGCAACUUCUUGAUUUGUGACUUCAUUGGAAUGAUUUACUUCAAGUGUCAAUUUCGGUUAAUUAGUGCUUACAAAUCUUAAGGUGUUAGUGAAAUUUCGCAAGAGAAUAUUUUAAAAUAGUUUUGUGCGAAUUAAAUCCACCUCAACGAAAAUGUCCACGUCACUAAACAGCUCGCUGGCCGAGUUCUUGGUGGCGGCCGGAACCGCAGCCGUGGACAUGGCUUCGAACAACCCCGCCGGAAAUGGAAGCGAUAGCAGCAGCAGUGUGGUGGCCUUGCUGGUUACGCCAGAGCAGAAGCUGCUCGGGGGAAACGUAACCCGGGUGGGUGGAAUGCAACCGUCCCGGCCCAUUCUGGUGACGAUCGCCCUGUCGUACCUGUUUGGAUGCGUUGGCAAUCUGAUCGCGUUGAUCUACCUGUUGCAGCGGAAAAACGUGCGAAAUACCAAGCAUUCGCUGAUGUUGAAAUGCCUGCUCACAAACGACCUAAUUGGAUUAACGGGCAUGUGCGCCCAGAUGUACUUGCAGAGCUAUCUACCGAAGCGGCUCGUCGACGAGAACAUGCACUACUUUUGCAUCUCGCGCGUCAUUUGGCGCGUGUUCGGCAUCAGCUCCGGCUGCGUCGCGUUCGUUAUGGCCCUCGAGCGGUACAUCGCCCUCACGAAGCCGUUCUUCUAUCAUAAGCAUGUGUCCGAUAAAAUGAUAAGAAGAUCGAUAUUCCUGCUGUGGGCGAUCGGGGCCUUCUUCACGUUUCUGCCGCUGUUUGGCUUCGGAAUCUACUUUGACGAGGCGAAAAACGUCUGCCUCCGGUACCGGGACGCCACCGACCCGACGGAUGUGGCCUACGCGUACCUCUUCUUCACCGUGGGCAUCAUCCUGUGCACCGGCAUCGUGAUCUGCAACCUGAGCGUCCGGAAGGUGCUGUACCGGUCCCAUCACAAAAUGCGGCGCCAGUUCCGCUCGAUCCAGCCGACGCCGAUGCUGGACCGGUCAAUGAUUCGCAGCUCGUCGCAGAAAUCGGCCAGCUUCGCCGACUCGUCCAUCUUCCGCAUGGUUGGCGAACCGACCACGGAGGAAAUUCGCUUCGCCAAACUGAUGACCUUUCUCAGCAUCAGCUUUUUGGCCUGCUGGCUGCCCCAGAUGGUCUGCAUCAUCCUGACCCAACAGCUGCGCCCCGAGGUGAAGGCCCGGUUCAACUGGUUCUUCCGCCUGUCGGACAUUCUGAUUCUGCUGCACUUCAUGCUCGACCCGUACAUCUACGUACUGCUGAGGCAGAGUGGCCGAAGUGACCUGCGGACCAUGAUCCGGUACGUGUUCAGUCGGAAUCAGUUCAACAUCGUGGAGACGGCCAUGGCACCGAUCCAGAAGACGACCAACUCGUCACCUCUGCCCUGAAACCAACCCCAACUAGAACACUAGCCAACAACAACUAACCUCAUCAACACACGAAUCAUCAGAACCAACAAUACUCGAUCUCACUACAAACCCACCCACACACAAACACGUAAACGCCACGUAAAGUACGCUAGUUUCAAUACAUCUGUUGUCUCCCUUCCUCCCAGGUUGGCGUGGCCAGCGCGAAAAGCCCCCUCGAAGGAGAAAGGCCGGGACACGGUGACCACGACGGACACGGAGGAUUGAGCAAAA